GCGCACGCUCCCUGCAUCCUUUGAUGGUGUAGAGCGCUGCGACGCCAGCACAGCCUCCUAUAAAAUUCCAGGCGGUCUGGAAACAGCAAGAUGCUGAGAGUGUCUCGGGUCGGUGCAGCAGCGAAAUGGGAGGAACGUAAUUGAGUCAGAAAAGUACAAAGACAGACAGGCACAAAUAAUAAAAUAAACCGAAAAAUAGUAGUAACAGGAAAACAUUACUUUGCAGAGUGAAAUCGAAUCAAUGCAACCCGCUAUGGAGUUAAAAAAAUCAAUUUCUGAGACGGAGCGAGCGCUUAAGAGCUACGGAGCGCUGCUGGAGACGGAGUGGAAAUCGAACAAAGACCAGCAGGACGUGGUGUCGAUGGCAGAGACCUCCAUGUCUCCAGAUGAGAUGGAGGUGGAGAUGGUGCGAAUCCAGCGUCUCCGAGAGGUCCUGGUGCGCAGGGAGUCCGAGCUACGAUUCAUGAUGGACGAUAUCCACUUAUGUAAAGACAUCAUGAAUCUGAAACAAGAACUUCGGAAGAUUGUGGCAGUUCCAGAGAAAGAGAAAACCAAGAAGCACAAGCAGAAGGAGGAGGAAUUGAUCCUGAAAAUCCAUAAACUAGUUCAGAAACGAGAUUUCCUGGUGGACGACGCAGAGGUGGAGAGAUUAAGGGAGCAGGAAGAAGACAAAGAGAUGGCCGACUUCCUUCAUCUAAAACUGAUGCCUCUGGAGAAAAUGACCAAAGUGACUGACAGUUCCCCUAAAAAGAAGGUGACCCCCGAGCCUCCGCCCAACAAGCCCUCCAUCGCCAAGUCAGGGGCAGCCAUAAUCAAGGACUGCUGUGGAGCCACACAGUGCGCCAUCAUGUAACCAUGGCAUUCUGAGGCCCACCCUGCUGUCUGGAGCCAGCUUUUGCAGAUAGAAAAUUAAAGAAAGAGAUUAAAGCAAUGGAAAGGGAAUAGAUGCCUUUAGCCCCAACCUCACGUUCAUAUGAGAGAUUUGUUUUCUUGGUGACCCCAGUUUUUUUUUUGCCCCAGCAUUAAGCCAAAUUUGUGAGAACACUCAAAAUAAUCUGCUCAAGUGAAGUCUGAAGUACUGCAUGCAGUCACUGAAUGUGAAGUCAGAAAAGGAAUCAUUAAAUUAAACAAGCAAGGUGCUACAUGGGGCUUGUAACACCCUUUAAAAAAGAAAGUCAGUUAAUAUAACAAAAAAAUACAAAUGAAAAACAGUAUGGAAUGAUGAAGCCUUUGUUGUCAAGGAGCAAGGGAACAGGAAUAGAAUGUCAUUGCCUUUGUGAAUAUUCCAAAAAAAAAAAAAAAAAAAAAAAGCAAGACCAAGACUAAGUGAGCACAAAUGUCUGUCUUCUGAAUCAUCUCUGGAACACAAGUCCUCCAUUAGGUUAAACAUGGAAAGCCUUGAACACUCAACUGUGGGCACAAUUUGCAUCUAGUCGAAUUGAGUUUAUAUUUACAAACAGAUAUUUAUUGAAGUAUUAUUAUUAGGUGUUAGGUUAUCUAUUUUGAUGAUAUGUAUACAGGAAAUCCCCAUUUGAGCAUCCAAGCUUGUUUUCCAGAGGCAACGUCACCAUUGCUGGUGAAAGACAGUUGUAGCACGUUUGCCUGUGCGGCAUGCAUGCUUGUUUUAAACAUAUAUAAAAAAAAAAUUAAAAAUCCUUAAGAAAAGCCACCAUAUAGUCAGGACCCUGAGGCGGACAGCCCAACUCUUCAACAACUAACCUGUGACCUUUAACAUGCAAGAAGGCGAUCUUUGGUUUGUGUGUCAUUUGAAGUAACGUGUAGCCUCUAAGAUCGUGUAACAUGAAAACUGAUUAAUGGAUGGAUCACAAUUUAAUUCCUUUGAAAUAGUGAAUUUAGAAUCCUAAUAUUGGCAAAGCAUGGCCUUCCAUACAUUACAACAACUAUACAGAACCCAAAGGAAAUACAGUAGGAUUGGGUGGUACCACAGGUGUAACUUUCAAAUCAAACUUAUGCCAGUGCAAAGUCUAAAUCCAAACUACUCUUCAUAUUUUUUAGACACUACAUUGUGUUCUGGUCGUGUUAACAGACUAGAAGUCACCUCUGGUGUGCUACAAUUUCCAGUAGUGAUUUCAGUGCAAAAUAGACCCAUCAUGCAGUCCUUUUAGUCAUGUAUACAAACCUUAUUUGUGACAAGAUUAUUUUUGCAGAAUGGUUCAUCAGUCUUCCUGCAAACAAUAAGCAAAUUAUUUAAUAAUGGAAACCAUUUCUACAAAAGUUUAGAAAUAGAAGACUGUGCCCAAACUAACUGCGGUCUACGUAUCAGGUGGCUUUGUGUUGCUAAUCUUCUUUGAUAUACUCGUCCAAUGCCCUAGAAUCUAUUUUUGAUGCCCGACGUCUCUACAAAACUCGACAGCACACCCCAAAACACGAAGGUUAAAACUGUAGAUGACAACUAGUUUAACCUCUACCAAUGUUUUUUUUUCCCCCUUCUGUUACAAACCUGAACCCAGCUGACACAGUCUGUGAUGUCUGCAAUGAAAUGUGCCCAGGAGCAGCGAGACCUCAGUCUAGAGGCAGGGAUCCCUCGGUUGUCCAUUAAUCACAAGUACCUUCGCUGUUACCUGUAGCAGACGUGGAACUG